UUCUCUCAUUAUCAAACGGAAAAAACAGUUUUAUUUCCAUAAUUCUCGACUUGAAAAUGGCAAUCAGUUGCAAGGUGAAGUUUGCUGCGCUCUUGCUUUUCGCAGUGCUUGCCAUCUCCAUGCUUCCAUCCACUCAGGUCUCGGCAGUAGGACUAGGGAGUUAUCCUGAUUUACUAAGGAAAUAUUACGGACCAGGAACCGUGACACCGGCCCAAUGUCCUGGGAGAUGUGCAACGAGGUGCAGUAAGACCAAGCACCGUUUUGAUUUUUGCAAUGCGGGUUGUAUGAGUUGCUGCAAUUCAUGCAAGUGUGUGCCCCCAGGUAUUACUGGCUACAGAGAGGUCUGCCCUUGCUACGACCUCAAGAAGACUAAGAAGGGAGGACCAAAAUGCCCUUAAAUAUUAAGAUUAAUUUUAUGAGGUGUAAGUGGUAAUUUGUGUUUUGACCCAUUCAGUGGUGUCGAUUUAGUUCCUCAUCUUUGCAUGUUUUCGCAUUAUUUGAUCAUCGAGUUUGAAUGACCUUCAUUAUGUAAUGGGCUAAUGCCGGCCAUGUCACUCCUUUGAGUACGUAAAUGGUUCUGUAAAAUGUAUACUCAAACGAGAGUUAGCAAUGAAAUUC